AUGAACACCACUGCAGUGAGGAAUUUCAUACUUUUGGGCUUUACGAACAAUCCACAACUCGAAAUCUUCCUCUUCCUCCUGCUGUUGGGGAUUUACCUCUUGACCAUGAUGGGAAACAUACUGAUUGUUGUCAUCACACUGGUGAACCAACAGCUCCGCACCCCAAUGUAUUUCUUCCUUCGGCAUGUUGCAUUUGUGGAUAUUGGGUAUACAACUGUCCUUAUUCCUAAAACGCUUGCCAAUAUGGCCACCGGUCAGAAGAGUAUUACGUUAACUGGGUGUUUCAUGCAGUCUUUUCUGCACUUUGUUUUGGGAACCAUUGUGUUCCUCCUGUUGGCAGUCAUGUCUAUUGAUCGAUAUGUAGCCAUCUGCAACCCAUUUCACUAUUCAACCAUUAUGAGUGAUUGGCUCUGCUCCUUGCUAGUAUUUGGAUCCUGGUUUGGGGGGUUAUUGCUCAUUAUGGGUCCAGCCAUUGUGUUGUUCCAAAUGCCUUUUUGUGGCCCAAACACCAUCAACCAUUUUUUCUGUGACAAUGGACCCCUGUUUAAACUUAUCUGCAUUGACACAACUCUUUUGGAAUUUGUUAGUUUUCUCAUUGCCAUUUUUUCACUCCUUGGGACCUUAACGAUAAAUGUGGUGUCCUAUGUCAAAAUUAUUUCCACCAUCAUGUGUAUCCCAUCAAAAACCGGAAGGCAGAAGGCCUUUUCCACUUGUGCUUCCCACAUCACCGUGGUUUCCAUCACUUACAGUAGUUGCAUUUUCAUGUACAUAAAACCCAAGAGCAUCAAUGAAUUGAGUUAUAGUAAGGCAGUGGCUGUUCUUAAUACUCUUGUAGCUCCUCUACUGAUCCCAUUCAUCUACUGCCUGAGGAACAAGCAAGUUCAAGAUGCCUGGUAUGCUGUUUUUAGGAAAUGGUGGAUAAUAUGUGGUCCUCUACAAGUUGUUGGACUGGAGCUUCCCAGCAGUGUCUGUGAUGGUUUGCUCCUAAUAGGAGUUGCAGGCCAAGUGCUGGAGGGCUACACCUUGCCUUCUCCUAGAAUGGCCAAGGGACAAAUCAGAGGUUGGAAGGAAAAUUUCCGCUAUCGGAACCUGCGUCUUUCUGGAACAAGCCUCCGUCAGCUGGAGACGGCCCUCUUGGAACUGACAUCUCAGGAUUUCAAGAAUUCUCAUGAGUGGGAAAAGUUCCAGCUCUGGCUCCAGGAAGCCAUGUAUGCCGAGUGGUGGCUGGAUCAAGUGGCCCGAGACCUCAAGCGACGAUGGAAAAACCUGACAGUGUUCUGA